AUUUGCCCCGUUUUUAGAGUUAGGGUUUUGCGCGAGAAGAUAAUUAAAAGCCGCCGUGGCCAUGGUGAAGUUUCUAAAGCCCAACAAGGCAGUCAUCGUCCUCCAAGGCCGAUACGCCGGCCGUAAAGCCGUGAUCGUGAAAUCCUUCGAAGAAGGCUCACGCGACCGACCCUACGGCCACUGUUUGGUCGCGGGGAUAAAAAAGUACCCGAGCAAGGUUAUCCGCAAGGACUCCGCCAAGAAAACGGCCAAGAAAUCGCGCGUCAAGUGCUUCAUCAAGCUCGUGAAUUAUCAGCACCUGAUGCCCACGCGCUACACCCUCGACGUGGAUUUGAAAGACGUGGUCUCCGUCGAUGCGCUCCAGACGAAGGACAAGAAGGUUGCCGCUUGUAAGGCAACGAAACAGAGGUUCGAAGAGAGGUUCAAGACUGGAAAAAACAGGUGGUUCUUUACCAAGCUUAGGUUCUGAGUGUAUUGUUCAAUUUCUUUAUAGUAAUAUCUUGAACAUUUUGGAUUUCGAGAACGGAUCUGAAUCUGUUUGGAUGAGAUAGUUCUGGGUUUUUAUCUUGAUUUGCUCAUUUCCGUUAGAACUUUAUGUGAUUGCACUUACUCGGGUGCUUUUAUACUUUUUAUUUA